AUGUCUACAAUGCCCAGAUCAGUUCAUAUCAGUCAGCAAAAGCUGGCUGAAAAACUUAUUAUACUAAAUGACCGUGGUAUUGGAAUGCUCACUAGAAUUUAUAACAUUAAAAAGGCAUGUGGUGAUACAAAAUCUAAACCGGCCUUCCUGUCUGAUAAAACAUUGGAGUCCUCUAUAAAGCACAUUGUCAGAAGAUUCCCAAACAUUGAUGUAAAAGGCCUUCAAGCAAUAACAAAUAUUAGAAAUGAAAUAAUUAAAUCACUAUCAUUGUAUUACUACACAUUUGUGGAUCUACUUGAUUUCAAAGAUAAUGUAUGUGAACUUUUGAAUAUAAUGGAUGCUUGCCAAGUUACGUUAGACUUGACAUUAAACUUUGAACUCACAAAAAAUUACCUUGACUUAGUCACAACCUAUGUUUCUUUGAUGAUAUUACUGUCAAGAGUAGAAGAUCGCAAAGCAGUACUUGGCUUGUUCAAUGCAGCACAUGAGAUGGUCCACAGUCAGAUUGAUCCAAGCUUUCCGAGAUUAGGUCAAUUGAUUGUGGACUAUGAUACACCCUUAAAAAAACUAUCUGAAGAGUUUUUGGUCCACCAAAAAGUACUCUCUAGUGCAUUGAAUUCACUGUGGCAUGUUUAUCCAGCUAGAAACUUGACUGCAGAACAUUGGCGUUCAGAACAAAAGCUAAGUUUAGUCAGCAACCCAGCUUUACUUUUGAAACCAUCUGAAACGAAUACCAUGUCUUGUGAAUAUGUAACUCUUGAGUCUCUAGAGAGAUGGGUAAUCUUUGGUUUUGCUAUGUGCCAUCAGAUGCUUCAACAAGACCAUGCAAACAAGAUGUGGGUGAGUGCAUUGGAGUCAGGUUGGGUUGUCGCUUUAUUCAGAGAUGAGGUUAUUUAUAUACACUCCUACAUUCAGAGUUUCUUUGAUGGUAUUAAAGGUUAUGGAAAAAGGAUAUCAGAAGUCAAAGAUUGCUAUCACCACUCUGUUCAAAAAGCUGGUUAUAAGCAUAGAGAACGGCGAAAGUUCCUAAGAACAGCAUUGAAAGAAUUGGGUCUUAUUCUUACUGACCAACCAGGAUUGCUGGGCCCUAAGGCAUUGCUUAUAUUUAUUGGCCUAUGUUAUGCUAGAGAUGAAGUAUUUUGGCUUCUUAGACACAACGAUAAUCCUCCACAAAAGGUUAAAGGAAAGGCUACUGAAGAUUUAGUGGACAGACAGCUCCCUGAGUUGCUUUUCCAUAUGGAGGAAUUGAGAGCAUUAGUCCGCAAAUAUAGUCAGGUGAUGCAAAGAUACUAUGUUCAGUAUUUAUCUGGUUUUGAUGCUGUUGCCUUGAAUCUUAUGAUACAAAAUUUGCAAGUAUGCCCUGAAGAUGAAAGUAUUAUAUUAUCCUCAUUAUGUAACACUGCUGCCAAUUUGAGUGUAAAGCAAGUUGAAAGUAAUGAGCUCUUUGACUUUAGAGCCUUCCGUUUAGAUUGGUUCCGCCUCCAAGCAUACACAUCAGUAGCAAAAGCACCUUUCAGCCUUGUUGACCAAAGAGAAUUAUCACAGUUCAUUGAUAAAAUGGUAUUUCACACCAAAAUGGUCGACAAUUUGGAUGAAAUUAUGGUUGAGACCUCUGAUUUAUCUUUGUUUUGUUUUUACAGUAAAAUUUUUGAAAGUCAAUUUCACAUGUGCCUAGAGUUUCCAGCACAGAAUCGUUACAUUAUUGCAUUCCCUCUCAUCUGCAGUCACUUUCAAAAUUGUACCCAUGAAUUAUGCCCUGAAGAAAGACAUCAUAUCAGAGAAAGGAGUCUAUCUGUUGUUAACAUUUAUUUGGAUGAAAUGGCAAAGGAAGCCAAGAAUAUUAUUACAACCAUUUGUGACGAGCAAUGUACAAUGAGUGAUAAGCUCCUUCCAAAACAUUGUGCCCAAACAAUUGCUCACCUUGCAAAUCGCAAGAAAAAAGAUAAAAAUAAGAAAAAUCACAUUGAAAUAGUCAAACCAGGUGCAGAAAGUUAUAGGAAAACAAGAGAGGAGUUGACUACUAUGGAUAAAUUGCACAUGGCAUUAACUGAACUGUGUUUUGCUAUAAAUUAUUGUUCAACUGUCAAUGUUUGGGAAUACACUUUUGCACCCCGGGAAUAUUUACACCAACAUUUGGAAACAAGAUUUUCAAAAGCAUUAGUGGGAAUGGUAAUGUUUAAUCAAGACACAAGUGAAAUUGCUAAGCCAUCGGAGUUGCUUGUCAGUGUAAGAGCUUACAUGAAUGUACUUCAAACGGUUGAAAAUUAUGUGCACAUUGAUAUAACGCGCGUCUUCAAUAAUUGUUUGCUUCAACAGACGCAAAAUAUGGACAGUCACGGCGAAAAGACAAUAGCAUCUCUAUAUACCCAAUGGUAUUCUGAAAUAUUGCUGCGACGCGUUAGUGCUGGCAACAUUUGUUACUCAAUAAAUCAAAAAGCUUUCGUAAGUCUUUCCGCUGAAGGUGCAAUCCCUUUCAAUGCUGAAGAAUAUUCAGACAUUAAUGAGUUGAGAGCUUUAGCUGAAUUAAUAGGGCCGUAUGGAAUGAAGCUAUUAAGCGAAACUCUAAUGUGGCACAUUGCGAGCCAAGUCCAAGAGCUAAAAAAACUGGUGGUGCAAAACAAAGAAGUACUGCAAAUGCUCAGAACAAACUUUGAUAAACCAGACAUUAUGCGAGAACAAUUCAAACGGUUGCAACAAGUUGACAAUGUACUGCAAAGGAUGACAAUAAUAGGAGUUAUUUUGAGCUUCCGUCAAGUAGCACAAGAGUCUUUACUCGAUGUUUUGGAACGGCGAAUUCCCUUCCUGAUCAGUUCCAUUAAGGACUUCCAGCAGCAGUUGCCCAGUGGUGAUCCUAUGCGUGUCAUAUCAGAAAUGUGUUCGGCGGCUGGCCUGCCAUGCAAGGUAGAUCCUACUUUGGCUUCUGCACUCCGACAGCACAAGGCCGAAGUCGAGGAGGAAGAACAUUUGAUAGUGUGUCUUUUGAUGGUCUUUGUUGCCGUCUCCCUUCCAAGACUCGCUAGAGGCGAUGGCUCCUUUUACAGGCCUUCACUUGAAGGACACGCAAACAACAUUCAUUGCAUGGCACCUGCAAUCAAUCAUAUCUUUGGUGCUCUCUUCACAAUUUGCGGACAAGGAGAUAUCGAAGACAGAAUGAAGGAAUUCUUGGCACUAGCGUCAUCGUCAUUGCUGCGCCUCGGUCAAGAGACAGAGAAGGAGGCGAUAAAAAAUCGGGAAUCCGUAUAUCUUCUUCUCGAUCUCAUCGUGCAGGAGUCCCCGUUCCUCACUAUGGAUCUUCUAGAGUCGUGCUUCCCUUAUGUAUUGAUACGUAACGCUUAUCAUGAAGUUUACAAGCAGGAACAAAUGCUAUUGCAUUCUUAG